AUGACAGGCAAAGAAGGGGCCGUGAUAUCGGAGGGUUUAAAUAAGUCUAAAGCAGGCUCGCCCACUGAGAAUGCGGUGCCAACCAGCCAUCAGCCGUCGAAAAACAUCACGACCCACACUCCCAGGUGCACAGGAUUCGGAAUCCAGGAGAUUUUAGGCCUGAAUAAAGAGCCCCCUUCGGCACCGAGGAGCACGCUGGAGUCUCUGCCGCCCGGGGCGCACCUGCUUGCCGCCAGGUCCAUGCUAAGUCCCGCCAGCGUUGGGGUCGGGAUGGGAUUAAUUGGCCCAGGAGGAAUCCCCUCGUUCUACAGCCAACCUGCAUUUUUGGAGGUCCUGUCAGAUGCGCAGAACGUCCACCUGCAGCCUCCUAACAGAACCACUGGUCCGCUGGACGCCAGCCAAUCUGCCAGUUCAGAUUCUGACGAUGUGUCACCUAGCGAACGAAAAUUAUCGAAGUCUUCGCUGAGCCAAAACAAGAAACGAAAGAAGAGAAGGCAUCGAACCAUUUUCACGUCUUACCAGCUUGAGGAGCUGGAGAAAGCGUUUAACGAAGCACAUUAUCCGGAUGUGUACGCGCGGGAGAUGCUGGCCAUGAAGACGGAACUACCCGAGGACAGGAUACAGGUCUGGUUCCAGAACCGCCGGGCCAAGUGGAGGAAGCGGGAGAAGUGCUGGGGCCGCAGCAGCGUGAUGGCGGAGUACGGCCUUUAUGGCGCCAUGGUGCGCCACUCCAUACCUCUGCCCGAGUCCAUACUCAAAUCAGCUAAGGAUGGCAUUAUGGACUCCUGCGCCCCCUGGCUGCUCGGGAUGCACAAAAAGUCUAUGGAGAGUGUGGCUGCCCUGCCAGCUGGGAAGCCAGAGACCAUCCCGCCUCCCGCCACCCAGAAAGCGGACGAGCGGGAGGCAGAAGGGCGCAGGGCAGAGAGCAAGUCUCCCAUUUCCAAAGAAGAACUGAGGGAGAACAGCAUCGCGGCUCUUAGGGCCAAAGCACAGGAGCACAGCGCCAAGGUUCUGGGGACAGUGUCGGGGGAUGCGCCGGGCCGGAAGGUGGAGGCCGAGCUGCUGGACGACAGGUCUAGAGAUGAGAUAAGCCCAGCGGAAGAGGACAAAGGUCAAUAA